UAAAGAUUCAGUUGAAGUUUUACUGUUGCCGGCUAACGUUCGAAAAUCGGAGGAUCGGAGAUAUAGAUAAACUCUCACGUUCAACUCACACUUAGCCAUAACAUAAUACACACACGAGUGCCGUUGCACUUGUGUUGGUACUUUGUUUACAGUCGCAUCGCAACAACAACAAAAACAGUGGAGUAAAAUAUAGAAAGACGGAAUAAAUAAGAAGAGGAGGCCGAUAAAAAAACCGAAGAGAAAUACGUGGAAAAGAGAAAUUUGGACGUUCUAAGCUGAGUUUUUAGACUUAAAAGAUAAUUAUUCGGAACGAACGGAUAGACUGCAACUGGCAUUAUUAUUGGCAAUUACCACACCUGCUGAGAAACCAUGGCCAGCUCCCCCAUCACAGACUUCUAUGCGGGUCGCAAUGUGUUCAUUACUGGAGCCACUGGCUUCGUGGGCGUCACCAUUGUGGAGAAACUCCUACGCGACGUACCGAACGUGGGCACACUGUACCUGCUGAUGCGAGCCAAAAAGGGCAAAAAUGUUCAGGAACGAUUGGAGGAGCUAAAAAAGAACUCCGUCUUUGACAAGUUUAAGGAGCUGCAGCUAGAGUCACGCCUUUCCAAGAUCGUUCCAAUCGAGGGUGAUGUGGGUCUAGAAAAUCUAGGCAUCUCGCCCAAGGAUCGUCAGAUUCUAAUCGACAAUGUAAAUGUUGUCUUCCAUUCGGCUGCCACGUUGGACUUCUUCCAAUCUCUGAAAGAGACCACCAACAUCAAUUUGAGGGGCACAAGGCGAGUGGUGGAGCUGUGCCAACAGCUCAAGAAUUUGGAUUCUUUGGUCCAUGUGUCCAGCGCCUACGUGAAUGCCUACCUAACCAAGGUCGAAGAGAAGCUAUAUCCCUCGCCCGAAGAUCCCGAGAAGAUCAUUCAGCUGUCGGAGACCCUCAACGAUGAGGCUCUCAAAGAACUUGAACCAAAACUUCUCAAGGAUCACCCGAAUACCUACACCUUCACGAAGCACUUGGCGGAGCACGAGGUGGCAAAUGUAGCCAGUAAAUUCCCCUGCGGCAUCGUUCGUCCCAGCAUGAUCACCGCUGCUUGGAAGGAACCACUUCCUGGAUGGACCAUUUCUAAGAACGGUCCUCAGGGCUUCUUCAUGGGCGCCUCAAAGGGUGUGCUGCGUCGUCUUCCCUUGGACCCCAGCAUUAUCAUGGACUACAUACCCAUCGAUGUGGUGGUCAAUGGAAUCAUAACUACCGGUUACUAUGUCAACUCGCUUCAAGCGAAAAACGGAGGUCGUCCAGCCGAACUGCAAAUCUUCCACCUGACCUCCAGCACAUACAAGCCAUUCCGGUUUGAGCUUAUGGCUGACAAAAUCAAUGGCUACCUGCACGACUAUCCACUGAACAGUGCCGUUUGGUAUCCCAAUCUGCGUCUGGUCAAGAGCCUCUGGGUGUUCCGACUGAGCGCCAUUCUGUUCCAUUUCAUUCCUGCUAUUAUCCUGGAUCUGGUUACUAAGAUUGGAGGCGGAAGGCCAAUCUUGGUUCGUCUGCACAAGAACGUUUGGAACUCUCUUAAUACCCUGGAAAAGUUCAUCUUCACGGAAUGGCACUUCGACAGCAAACGUCUAUUGGCGCUUUCAAAGACUUUGAAUAUCGUGGACAAAAAGAAGUUCUUCAUCGACAUCGGUGAGCUGACAUGGGAUGAGUACUUUGCUAACACGAUCCUUGGAGUGCGUCAGUAUCUCAGCAAGGAGCCGCCAAAGAACCUGGAAAAAGCACGUCGCAAGGACAAAAUUCUCCUGGGUCUUCAUGUGGCACUGCAACUCUCAUUUUGGUAUGGAAUCUUCAAACUGAUUGUCUGCAUUACCGGAAUUUCAACCGCCAAGGCAGCUCUUGUCCUGCCCGUUCUCUAUUACUUGUUUGGACUGCUUUAAGACGCUGAGCAAUAUUUCCCCAGUAGUUCAACAUUUUCUCAAUGUUAUUUAUGCUAAAUGCAAUUUGUAUGAGGUUUGGUUUUACAAUAUAAAUACAUACAAAAAAUUAAA